AUGCUGAUCAAGCUGAGCAAGCCCGCCACCCUCAACACCUACGUGCAGCCUGUUGCUCUGCCCACCAGCUGGGCCCCCGCUGGCACCAAGUGUGUCGUCUCUGGAUGGGGAAACACCAUGAGCUCCAGUGAGUACAGCACCAACGUCAAUACUUUCAUGUAUUUUGGGGCUAUGUUAUAAAAUAUACUUGGUCUAGUAACCAUUGCCAGUGUUCAGAUGUAAAUUAUACAUAAUUGACAUGUUCUGCCUUUCACUCCCCCUUCUUUCUUUCUAUCCAUUCUUUCAUUUCUCAUCCAUCCUUACAGCCGCCGAUAGCGACAAGCUGCAGUGCCUGAACCUCCCCAUCCUGUCUUUCAACGACUGUGACAACUCCUACCCUGGUCAGAUCACUAAUGCCAUGUUCUGCGCUGGAUUCCUGGAGGGAGGCAAGGACUCUUGCCAGGUACUGAACAGCACUGACCUGUAGAGGCAAGUCCUGCUCUACUACUGCCUCUGACCAGCUUAUCAAAACUAUUAGGACCAAAAAUACAGUACAGAGAAACAGUGAAGUAAAUCUCUCAUUCUCUCUCUCUCAGGGUGACUCCGGUGGCCCCGUGGUGUGCAACGGUGAGCUGCAGGGUGUUGUGUCCUGGGGAUAUGGGUGUGCUGAGCCCGGUAACCCCGGUGUCUACGCCAAGGUAAGAAUAUAGGCUUCUGCUGCUAUGUUUGUGGGUUAAAGCAUCAUGUAAUUUCAAAUAAAUACUAUAAUGGGUUUGUGUGACAGCAUUCCUUUAUUAGACCACUGGUUCAUCCCUGUCACAACUACAUGUUUCUAACUUCAAUAAUACCAACUUUAUCCCAGGUCUACAGUAACUUGGCCCUGUGUCCACUGAUGUCUCCCUUCUCCUUCUCUUCCUCCAGGUGUGCAUCUUCAACAACUGGCUGACCAGCAACAUGGCUCAUUACGCUCAAAUCGAAAAAUAA